GCCAAACUCUAUUUAAAAAAGAUGACGUUUUGAAACCGCUGUGUCUGUGGAUUAACGUUACGUCUGAACGUUAUAUAGCGCUACUGUUAACUGGUAAAGCAAGUCCGCGAGUGUAGCGUUACAAACUUGAUUGAUCCACAAUUUCAUUUUAUAUGCUUUUUGUGCGUAUUGUUUUAGUGGAAAUCUCAAUGGUGGCGGUACCGAGCAAUAACAACCAAAACAAAAAGUCAGAAUAUAUUAAAUCAUGCAACUUGUUGUUGGGCUGUGUACAUGCCGAAUUAAAAAAUGUCUCACGCUGAUUCGAGAUAUGUCUUCGAUUGUGACAUAUGUGUCUUGUAGGCGUGAAAUUAACAUGGCCGCUGUCAAUAUAGAUAUUGAUCAAUGGAGUUCAGUGUGAGGGUAUCGCCGGACACGUACCGGGGGAACGCACUGUGUACCCAUGUCACAAGUUGCAGAAGGCGAGUGAUGCCGCAAGCUUAGCGGAGCCUAGCGUUACUUUCUACGUCAACAAAUAACCUGUAACUGUUUAUUUUUUAUGUGGUGAGCUUCUAUCAUUAACUUGACAACAUGAUAUUGAAUUAGCUGGAUAGCAAGCUAAUGUGAGCUAACAGCAAUGGGAUAGAACGUUAGUGAGCCAAUAAAACAACUGGACCUGUCAAACUUAGCCAAACAACCAUCUGGAAGUGGUGCGGGUUCAGUUUGGAGAUGACCUUUCCUCAGUAGCUGUCUGUCCUGGACGCUGACCCUGGCGGCCCCAUAUGGCGUGCCCGGUCCAGUUCAUUUGUCGGGGGCUUCGUACAGUUGGAUUAGUUUUCCUUUACUACGGCUUCUCUAUAGGAAUCACCUUCUAUAACAAAUGGCUGAUGAAGGGCUUCCACUAUCCCCUCUUCAUGACAUUGGUUCACCUCACCAUCAACUUCUGCCUCUCUGCUCUGACGCGGCAGGCCAUGCAGUGCUGGACAGGGAAGCCCCGCAUCACCCUGACCUGGACAGACUACCUACAUAAAGUAGCUCCGACAGCCAUGGCAACAGCACUGGAUAUUGGCCUUUCCAACUGGAGCUUCCUCUUCAUCACCAUUAGCUUGUACACCAUGACCAAGUCUUCAGCAGUGCUCUUUAUCCUCUUUUUCUCCCUGGUCUUUAAACUAGAGGAGCCGAACCCAUUCCUGAUCCUGGUGGUCCUGCUGAUCUCCAGUGGUCUCUUUAUGUUUACAUUUGAGUCAACCCAAUUCAACCUGGAGGGCUUCAUCAUGGUGCUGCUGGCGUCCUUCAUAGGGGGGAUCCGCUGGACCCUCACUCAGGUCCUCAUGCAGAAGGCAGAGCUGGGCCUUCAGAACCCAAUAGAUGCCCUGUACCACCUCCAACCUCUCAUGUUCCUUGGCCUCUUUCCCCUCUUCCUGUAUAAUGAAGGGCUGAGCCUCAGCACCUCAGAAAAGUUAUUCCGGGUGACGGAGCUCUCACCUCUCCUGUAUUCGCUCCUCACGCUGAGUAUCGGCGGCUCACUGGCCUUUGGUUUAGGCUUCGCAGAGUUCCUGCUCGUCUCCCGGACCUCUAGCCUCACUUUAUCCAUAUCAGGGAUUUUUAAGGAGGUGUGCACUCUGCUUUUGGCAGCAUCUCUGAUGGGAGACAAAAUGAGCGCGCUUAAUUGGCUGGGAUUCAUUGUGUGUCUGUGUGGCAUUUCAUUGCAUGUGGGACUCAAAACAUAUUAUUCCAAAAAUAAGGGCCCAUCUUUAAGGCAGCUCAACAGUAAGAGCCCAGAGCUUGAGCUGCCAUUACUGUGGCAAAACGAAGACGACAGAGAGGACUCAGCAGCUGACGAAGACGAAGACGAGACUCAGGAAAUCACUCUGCACUGACAUCACAGGAUACUGGCCAGUGAAGUCUGGACUGUCUUCAUACUGCUCAUACCUAUACAUUUCUUCCAUCAGAUGGUUUGAACAGUGACAUCAAAGCUCUAGAGCGUGCACAAACUGUUACGCUUGGCACACUACAACAAGAGGGAACAGCCUCUUCAGCUCCUUCCUUCCAUCGAUCACAUCUUCAGGCCAGCCUCAUUGUCAGCUGUAUAUUAACUGUGGACUUGACACAAGUUAUGAUCUUUUGCCUUAGGGGAGCUUCAGAAAUGUAGCUAAUUCGUCCGAGUGUCAACAAAGUAUGAUGUAUGGUGAGAGAGAGUGUUAAAGCUUUAAAGGGAUACUUUGACACCUUGAUUUGUAGUGGCUCAUUUUUCUUUGCUAGAUGCUUGUCACACUGUAGACAUAUCUUUUUAUUUUGUUAUAUAUACUUACAUACAGUAGUAUAAAUAACAUGAAAGGCAUUAUGUGAAAUGGCUCAGCGCCCUAUAGAACAGACUGUGAGGAAAAGUGAAGGACAAUUGUACAAACUCUUUCAUGAGGUUACAAGUGUCUGGCUUAGGAAUAAUCAACUAGAAUCCGAUGUGUCCUGGUAUCCCAUAAUGCAUAGUGAGAACCUAACUUCAGAUUGCAUUAUUUCUUUCCCUCAAGUGUGUUGCCUGAUUCCCAGAAAGAAACAUCCUUAACUUAUUUUGUGUAAAAAUGAGAUCAUAGUAGAUUGCACAUUUUUGCAGAUGGUGGUACUGUUCUCAUUUGUGGGCAGAGUUAAGCUAACAAUACAAGUUAAUACAUAUAGAUCAAUGGGGUCUUUCCAGCUGCAACUUACAAUUACUAUCUGGAGGUUAUGCUGCAUUUUUAUUCUGUUAUUCCUGAUUAACUGAAUAGUUGUUUGGUGUAAAAAAAUGUCUGGAAAAAAUGCCCAUCACAAGUUUAUAAACAGUCCAAAACCCAAAGAUAUUCAGGUGCUUUCACACAAGACAAAGAAAGCAAACCUUCAAUUCUGAGAAGCUUUUGAGGAACAAGGGAAUGUUUGGCAGUUUUUGCUUGAAAAAUGUCUUAAAUGAUGAAUUAAUUAUAAAAGUAGUUGUUUACUAUUUGCCUGCUGAUCGACUAAUUAAGGAAAUGGCAAACCGUGUCUGCCCUAAAAGUCUACACCGUGUUAUCAAAGUCAAAGCCUCAAAUGUGAAAAAUAACUAUGAUGCCAAGCUGCAUGAGCCAGACCCCUGAGUUAAAGGUCAGAAUGAGGCCCUUUGAACAUGAUUUUAUGUGAUUUUGGGACACGUCACAGUAUAGUAAUUUCUUCUCAAAUUUACAUCAAAGGCUAGCUCUGCCCACUGAAACUAAAGCAUUCAUUUUAAUGAAGUAAUGAGCUGCAGGGUUGCAGACCAUAUUGACUGAAUCUAAAAUGAAUGGUCUCCAGUCAUUCCAGUCCUUAUUUGAAGAGAUGUGAAAUGACUGCACCUUAAUGUGCCUUGUUAACGUUGCAGCAGUCAAGAGGACGGCUUUAAAGAGCUAGUUUCAAAGUCCACCAUGAUCGAAUCAGUAAUGUAGCUGAGGAGCUGGGGUUGAAAGCCGUCUGCAAAAUCACCUUUUGAAUGUUUUUUUUUCUCAUGAUUUUCAGUGAAAUGCAGCUUUGUUAAAAUACAUUGAGAAAUAAAGUGAAAACUGCAAA